UUCAUUGUUAGGGAAAGGUUUUUUAUGAAUCGAGGGACCAAUUCAAACCGGGUUAUUUAAUUGAAUCACCUGUUUGAAUUGCUCUGUAAUUAAUAAUACAAAGCCAAGGCUUAUUGCAGCGGAGAGUGCUCAGACAGAUUAUCUUUAGACUCGCGUUGGACGAGGUCCUCGAAGGUGGUUCUAAAUCUUGCCUUGUGGAAUUACCCUUCUGAAGGAUUUAGCAUUUUUAUUGUGCAUUAUUUUACAUGCCUCCAUUAAAAUACUGAGCUUAGGCGAAGCGACCCUGAGUGUUAUGUGUUAUGAGAGAAAUCUCCAGGUUACUGAUGGCAGUUGAAGUCGGUGUGUGUCAAAGGAGGAUGCCUGUGUAUUCUUCUGGCAGUAUGUCAUGCACAGAAGGGAGAUAGUCUAUGGCUGGUGUAUGUCUACUGUAGGAUGCUUGUCUAUUUGCACUGUUGUUAUGUGCACAAAUCUAUUCAUAUGGGUGUAUCUGUGUGCAAGCAGAGCAGGGUUGUGUAUUUAUAUUCACUGGAACAUUUGCCUUUAAGGGACUAUGUGCGUAUUUGUUUGUUUUUUUUGUCGUGUGUUUCAAAAGGAGAGUGUUCACGUGUUUGUUUGGGAUGAUAAUGCCUGCGGGAGGUAAUGUGUGCCUGUAAGAGCGCGUGCGUUAGGUGUGUUCUUCCACGCUCCCUAUGGUGAGGGAACAUAAAUGCUGCUGUCUGAUUGGCCGGCGAUGACGACAUGAUGCAUGGCUGCUGGCUGGAUCAGGGGUUUUUGAACUAAAGGAACCUGCUGGGAGGAGGGUGGUAUCAGAGGGCCCAUGUUGUGUCAGAGAAGUGGCGGAAACGCGGCGAAUGUGGGCGCGGAGAGGACCGGUGCUCUGUGGGAACUGGCUGUACCCUUCAGACUCCUUCACUGUCUAAUCGGCUCCUUUCAGCUUACUCUGCAGCUGCAGCUGACCCUGAGCGCAGUGGAGGUCACAUGAUCUCGACGGACGACGCAGAGUACCCGCGGGAGUACCGCACGCUGGGGAACGGCACGCGCCGCUUCUCCAACGUGGGCCUGGUGCACACCUCGGAGCGCCGGCACACCGUCAUCGCCGCGCAGAGCCUGGAGGCGCUCGGCAGCCUGCAGAAGGCCGACAUGGAGCGCAAGCGCGACGUCUUCCUGGACCACCUGAAGAACAAGUACCCGCCCCAGCACCCGCCCUCCCCCUCCCAGUCCCACGGCAGCAUGAGGGGGGCUCCUGACCGCACCCGCGAGCAGCAACAGCCGAACUACUGGAGCUUUAAGAGCCGGAGCCCUCGACACUCCCAGUCCACGCAGUCGGGCCUGGCCGACCAGGCCGCCAAGCUGUCCUUCGCCUCGGCCGAGUCGCUGGAGACCAUGUCGGAGGCCGACAUCCCGCUCGGCUUCAACCGCAUGAACCGCUUCCGGCAGAGCCUGCCCCUGUCGCGCUCGGCCAGCCAGACCAAGCUGCGCUCGCCAGGGGUGCUUUUUCUGCAGUAUGGGGACGAGACGCGGCGGGUGCACAUCACCCACGAGCUGAGCAGCCUGGACACGCUGCACGCCCUCAUCGUGCACAUGUUCCCGCAGAAGCUGACCAUGGGCAUGCUCAAGUCGCCCAACACCGCCAUCCUCAUCAAGGACGAGGCGCGCAACGUCUUCUACGAGCUGGAGGACGUGCGCGACAUCCAGGACCGCAGCAUCAUCAAGAUCUACCGCAAGGAGCCCAUCUACGCCUCCUACCCCGCCGCCCACCUGGCCAACGGGGACCUGCGGAGAGAGAUGGUGUACACGUCUCGGGACUCCUCCCCCACGCGGCGGCUCAACAGCGGGCCGGCGUCGGCCUCCCCGCCCUCGGCGUCGCCCUCCCGCUCCCGGCUCUCGUACGGCGGGGGCCGCCCGCCCUCCUUCGUGGGGCCGGCCCAGGCGCACCCCCACGCCCAGCACCACCCGCCCUCCUCGGGCCACCCCCACGCCCUGCCCCACCCCCACCCCCACCCCCACCACGCCCCCCCGGCGGGCCUCUCGCCGUCGCCCAGCGCCAUCCUGGAGCGGCGCGACGUCAAGCCGGACGAGGAGGUGACGUCCAAGAACAUGGUGCUGCUGAAGAACGAGGGCCUCUACGCCGACCCCUACGGCCUGGUGCACGAGGGCCGCCUGAGCAUCGCCUCCACGCAGUCGCUGGCCGCCAUCGGCGACCCCUUCGCCUUCCCGGUGUCCGGCGGCCUGUACCGCCGCGGCUCCGUCCGCUCGCUCAGCACCUACUCGGCCGCCGCCGCCGCCCUGCAGGGGGAGCUGGAGGAGGCCCUGUACAAGCCCGGCGGCCCGCUGUACCCCGACGCCUACGCCUCCACGCUGGGCGUGGGCUUCCGCAUGCCCCCCUCGUCCCCGCAGAAGGUCCCGGAGGCGCAGCUGCGGGACCGGGACUCGUACUCCGGGUCGCCCGGCCGCGGCUCCCCCGUGCGCCAGGCCUUCCGGAAGGACUCCUCGUCCUCCGUCUUCGCCGAGAGCCCCAAGUCCCGCGCCGCCUCCGGCUCCGACCCGCUCUGCGGGGCCGUGCUCCCCGGGGGGGAGAUGAACCGGGGGACCACGGGGACGCCGGGCUACAACUCCCCGCUGCCCGGCAACGAAACAGAGACCCGGGAGCGGAUGGAGGCGAUGGAGAAGCAGAUCGCCAGCCUCACAGGCCUGGUGCAGAGCGUGCUGACCAGAGCGCCAGACAGCGACAGCGCCGAGAAGACCGAGUCCGCCAACGACUGCUCGGGCGCAGGAACUGGACGGAUAAAAAAAAGGAAAGCCCUGACGCCGUCGGCGCCUCUGGCCCUGAUGCCGCCCCCCCCUGCCGGAGCCGCGCAGGCCACCACCGUCACGCGCUUGCAGAUGCAGCUGCACCUGCACGACCUGCAGCACAACGCCACCGAGCUGCGCGACCAGCUGUCCCAGCUGCGCAAGAUGCAGCUCCAGAACCAGGACUCAGUGCGGUCGCUGCUGAAGCGGACGGAAACAGAGAUCAGCGUGCGAGUGACGGAUGCACUACGCAAACAGGAGGACCCCCUGCAAAGGCAGCGCCUCCUGGUGGAGGAGGAACGACUGAAGUACCUGAACGAGGAGGAGCUGAUUAUUCAGCAGUUGCAUGACCUGGAGAAAUCUGUGGAGGAGAUCCAGAAGGACUCGUCAGUGAACCACCGGCUGGUGACGGCGCAGGAGCUGGAGGAGAAGGCCACAGUGCUGAGGAAGCUGGGAGAAACGCUCACCGAGCUUAAGAACCAGUUCCCCAGCCUACAGAGUAAGAUGCGGGUGGUGUUAAGGGUGGAGGUGGAGGCGGUCAAGUUCCUCAAGGAGGAGCCACAUAGGCUGGACGCCUUACUGAAACGCUGCAAGACGGUCACAGACACGCUGACCACCCUGCGCAGGCAAGUGAAUGAGGGAACAUGGAAGAGCCAGGAGGACUUUGCAAGCUCGUUGCCCAAGCAGGGGGACGAAUUUAGCAAGAGUGCAGACUUUGACAUUCCUACCAGCCCUCCUCUCAGCCUCAACAGCCUGGGGGGCAGCACCAGCCUCUCCAACUGGACCCCUCACUCCAGCCCCAGCCAAGGCAACCCCUCGGGUCUGCACCACGACCCCCAGCCCCCGGGGUCCCUGAAGAACCGGGCCCUGGACGAUCUGUCGGGCCGCCGGGGCGUAGACAAAUCGGUGUCGGCGGAGGUCAGACUGGCCGCUGAGCGGGACUGGGAGGAGAAGCGGGCGAACCUGACGCAGUACAGCGCCCAGGACAUCAACCGGCUCCUGGAGGAGACGCAGGCUGAACUCAUGAAGGCCAUACCGGACCUGGACUUUGCAGCCAAGCAGAUCAACAAGCCCUCGGCGAUCCCCGUGUCCCAGAGCGGCAACACCACCCCGGAGCUCCGCCCAAACAAGCCCCAGCACUCCACCCACAAGCUGUCCAGCAAGGAGCCCGGCUCACGGCGUGGCUCUGACGAGCUGAUGGUGCCUCGGUAUCGCACGGAGAAGCCCUCCAAGUCGCCCCCGCCCCCGCCACCCCGCCGUAGCUUCCCAUCGUCCCACGGGCUCACCACCAACCGCAGCGGGGAGGUCAUCGUCACCAGCAAGACCAUCAAGAAGUCCGAGUCGGAGGAGACGGAGACCCAGAAACCCCACGUCAAGCUGCGGCGGACCGUCUCCGAGGCCCCGCGGCCCGCCUCCACCCCCCCUGUCAUCGCCGCGUCGGGGGUCAAGGAAGAUGACGACGAGGAGAAGAUCAUCGCCGAGCUGGAGGUGUUUCAGAGAGCCCCAAUUAGAGUCAAAGUGUCCCCUCCCCACUCCCUGCCCAGCACCCUGCGCAGGACCAGUACCCCUCCCUCCAGCCUGGACCUGUGGCCCUCAGGGGCCACGGGAAGGAAGACCGCUAACAGCUCCCCCGGCCCUGGAAAAUCCCUGCACUCCUCCGCUGCCUCCCGUCUCAAGCACCUGCAGCAGACCAGCCCGGAAAAGAACAAGGCAAGCAAGGACUUCCUGAAGAUCCAGGGCCAGCAGCAGGCUCUGAGCGGCAGCAGCAGUAGCCUAUCAGAGCUGCGGAACGUCGCCUUCUCGAGCCGCUCGCUCUCGGCCCUGCCCCCGUCCACCGCCGCCAUCGCCCCGGGCCUGAAGAGGUACCCCCAGGAGGGGGCGCUCUCCUCGUCCCUGCCGGCCUCCUCCGGCUCAGCUGAGGCUCUGCUGUCCAGCCUGUCGGCAUCGGGCCUGAGCGCGGAGGCCCUGCUCUCCCCCGCCUUCCGCCAGCGGCUGCUCAGAGAGACGCACCCCUUCCCGGCCCCGCCGCCCGGCGGGCGCGCGACGAACGCCGCCGCGACCGCCUCCUCGCCCACCUCCACCAGCCCCUCCUCCUCCUCUUCGCCGUCCUCGCCCACGCAGCUGACCCCGCUAACCCUGUCCUCGCUGGGCCUCAAGCCCUCCGGCCGCGGCCUCCAAUACUGCAGCCUCAACAGCUUCAAGGAGCACGGCGGCAAGAGCUGCCCAAACCCGGCUCCCAGUGAGCAGAGAGGAUCAUGGGACAUCAAAACUUCAGAAUGAAGCCCAAAAAAUAUACAUGAAAAAACACAGGACAUGUGACAGCCCUGUCCAGUCCAACACAGAAGGGACCAUCGGCAAAGCAUUGGACGAUCCCUCCAGAUCUUUUCCCUCUUGUGUAUUUUUGUCUUUUUUGGUGCUGUUUCCUGGUUUCACUCUCUUUAUGAUUCAGACUUUUCAGUGAGGGGCAAUUUAACCGCUGAACUCCGUGAGCCUGCUGGAAGAGUCACAUUCCCAGGACAGUCCCCCUCAGUCUGGUCCCCUGUGAGAGUUAACAACAGUCAUAAGCUAACCUGCAGGCGUGUGCCCUCUCCACUGCCAACUGCUCACAAAUCCUCAGGCCUGCCGCUUCUGUAUUUCGGUUCUGUGCGCGGUCCAGUCGGUUGAACCGCGUGCUAUAAACCGGUCGGCCGUUCCCUCCUUUAGCCGUACCGCUGGUUCCUCACCAUGGCAACUGUAGGUUCAGAAUGUCACUGCCAGCUGCCCUUAGAGGUAUGGAUAUGCAGAAUCAAUCCAACAUAAAAUCCUUUGUGGAAAAUGCCCAGCCCAUUCACCUUAGCCAAAUUUCAUACAGUACAAUGCAACCUAGCUUCUAUCUCUUCAAGAUACUAUUUUCUACUUGCGAGGAAUAUUUAAAAAAAAAUAGUUGCAAUAAUCAGAUUCAGUGAUUGUGCUAUGAGAUUCAUAUCAUUUUUUCUACUGCAAAAAGGUGAACCAACAAGAGAGGACAGUUUUACAUUUUUUUCAACAUUAAUCAAUUCUUCAUAGUCUGUUGAAAAACUGGUGCUAGUCAACAUUUCUCUCAAAACUGUGCUGCUAAGCAAAAGUGGUAAUGGUCUGGGUAACUCACUUACCGUCCAGAUGACUGAAAGGUAUGCAAAUAAUGAAGAACGAGCAGGAGUUAGGACAAUGGAAUGAGGACUUAAAGGGACAGUAGUCCUAUGUUGCUGUUGCUUUUUGGAGAUGUUUGAGAACGUUACAGAAAAUAACCAAUGCAUACGUUUAAAGGUAAAUGGAUAUACAAAUACUAGGUAAAUAAGCUUGCUGUUGUUUAAUUAUGAUGUGGAUAAAAGAUUGAUUAUGAUGUGGAUAUAAGACAGUAAAACUAUAGAGUGUAGAGUGAAACUAUUAGACAAUCAGUGUUUUUGGGACCAGUGGGGCAGGAGUGGCAUUUGGACCGUCUGGCAGGUAGUGAUAUCUGUCCAUGGUACACACGCAGUCACACCCAAGCCCAUAAUUUUAUCCCCCUACCACCAGGUCAUUGACAGUCUAUGAUACCGAUUUUAUUAUGUGAGAAACUGGAAAAUGCAGGUUCUUGGUGCAUCCACAGUAUGCAGAAUCAUAUUUCAGAGAAGACAUAAAUGUGAUGCUUUCUUGUUUGCUGCAGUCUGCCUCUGUAAACAUGAACUCACAGUUGCUUUCCCUUACUUUUUCAAAGGGUAGGAGGUCAUAGGAGAUUAGAGAGAGAGAGGGAGAGGGAGGGGGGACAUGACUAGAGUAAAUAGGGCUGAAAUUGCAGCCUUGGCUGGUGUGUUGCUGGUAGGUGCAGUAUUUUGUGGUUCUGCCAGUGUAAUGCAGUGAAAGGAGGAUCUCUGUGACUAUCGAUGCUUCUCAAACUCUUCUCACCACGAGACCACUCCUUCCUUGACACUGUAGACAAUGUUCACUGCAGGCGAGCAAACUGGACCUCUGGUUUUAAAGUGGAUGUUUUUUCUUGACGAACUAGGUCGGUGUUUACUAUGGGAAAUGGAAGUUUGUGACCACAAUGGAAAAAAUAUUGCUCCUGUUGUGUCAAGGCACAAGCAACACGUCGUUACUAAUUUUCGCCUUCAUGUUUGACUGGGUUGUUCAUUCUCUGUUGUGUGUUUGCAGAAUUGAUUAACUGCGGCGCGAAACGAAACACGAAAGCUGAUAGGAGGGGCAGUAUCGCCCGAGAUGUCCUGGAAAUGAUUUGGCAUGCCGUGUGAAGCAUUUCAAAACAAUUUACACGGCAACACCGGUGCUGUUAAGAGCAAUUUUUUUUUUUUUGCUGUACGAGGCUAUUAGGUACAGUGUGUCGUCCGAACAAUGGGGAAGAAAGGCGGGGGUUUUUUUUGUUUGUGAGAAAGUUAUUGUAACAGGGAUGGCUCAUUUCUUUCAAUAGCAAAUACCUACCAUUAAUAACAAGAACAAACGACACAUUCAGAACUUCUCUUGCCUCUUUCCUAUUAUGAUUUAAAUAUGCACGCGGCUGCUGUAGGUGGAGCGUCGCCUGAGUAAUGGCCGCUCGUGCUUCUCCAGUUCGGUCAUUGGCCCUGACUUCGACCGCACGUCCGCGACUCGCUCGAAGGGCGCGCGACGGUGCCUGUCUCUCACGCUUUUCGGAGAUCUCACCGCAGCUGCCGCCGGGCGACUGUCCGUCUCCCCGUUGCUCCGACCCGCAGCUUCGUUCCGAAACGGCGACGCGUGAACGUGUCACAGUGAUAGGUGUCAGCGGGGGCCUGUAUUGAUGUGGGAAGAUGGAGUGGCUUUGGCGUACGUCUGCGUGAUGAGCUGUACGGACGUGGCUCCCCAGAGAAGGGAGUAGCGUCGGCCCGCCCUCUGUGUCCGUCUGUCCCGGACCGGCUGAGCCCUGUUAGAAUGUCAUGGUGAAAUAUCAGCGGUUGCCCCUGCCCCGCCCCGCCCCGCCCCACCACCCGCUGUAAAUGGCUUGAAGCUGGCUUGUGUGAACUGCCCCAACAGGGGGUAGGUCUAUGGUGUUGUGGGGGGGGGGGGGGGGGUGCAUUUGUUUUGACUGACAGUCGCACAAAGGAUGGGAAAGUCUAGAGCGCUGCAACUCUCAGCUUUCAGGGAUCAAAAAGAACGGGUGGACGACCGAGUCGUUCCGCGGAAGAAACAAAACUGCGCUGGAGAUCUCGCUGUUUCACAGCCUGAAUCCCGUCGUGGCUCCUGUGGACCCAAUACAGUGAGCGCACGCUCGCCACUCUUCCUGUCCUGUCCCCUCUUUUAUGCAAGUUCAGGGCUCGCUUCACAGAAUGCUCAGCUAAUGCCGAUGCCGGACGCUGGCUGAAGCUGGUAGAGCUCCACCUAGGGUUCUCUUAGUGUAAUGACACGAAAGAGAUCCACUGAUUUAUGCAGCUCCGCACACACACACACACACACGCAUAACGCGAACCGCUCAAUUCAACACCCUGCGAGAAAGACUAAUUCAGCUCUGCAGCCAUCUGGGAGCAGCUACAAGUCCACAGAUACCUUAGACUUUUCUUGCAUUAAUGGAGGGAGAAGUUUUCAAUACUGUAGACAUAGAAAACUAGAGGGGGAGCAAAAGAACCGGAACCAAGCCUUCAGUUUGGCCUGUGUGUUCCCUCUCCAAUCAAGCACAUAUAGAUAAUUUAAUACAAAGAGUUGAUACAAAAAAAAAAAACUAAAAGAAGUAUAUAGAAUUAUAAAUAUAUCUUUAGUGAGAUGUUUGUGUAUGAAAUUAAUAUAUAGUGUGAAGAAAUGUGUGCUAUAUAGGUUAAAUAUUAUACAAUGUCAAAUGAGAUCCUCAUCUGUUUGUUUUUUUAUACACAAUACGUAUGCUUUUUUGUACAGUUUUUUUAUUCUUGAAAAGGUACACCAUUUUAGCAAAUAAUUUUACUCGCAAAUGAGACAUUUUUAUUGAAUCAGCUAACAUUUUUAUAUUUAGUUGGAAAUAUAUAAUAAGUGCAUAUGUAAUAUAUAAACAGUUGUGUCUAUCGUAUUUUUUUUUUUUUUUCGAAGUAUGGGUUGAUUUGAAGUGCUUUGUUUGUUUCAGUUGGUUUGUUCUAGAAUUUCUGUGGACUCAUUGUCAUCGAGCAAUAUGAUUUCACAGAAGUCUCCGAAAGUGCUACUUUGUGUCUUCUGCUUUUGUUGUGCCAGUGUUGUCUUUCAUUUUAAAACAAGAGGCGAGGAUAUGGCGGUGUGGUUUCGGAAAAGGGGUUUUAAAAGCACGGGGCUCAGAGUCCCUGUGUCUUUACCCAGCCUGCCUAUGCUUUAUGAGAGAGGCAAGGCCAACUGCAAUAACAAGCAAAAACUGAAGCAACACGUGUAAUAAUGGCUGUGAGGAACAGUGUAACAGAGGGCAGCGAACAGUUAAUGAGUGUUUCUGAGUUGCGGGUAUCAGGGAAAUAAUGGUCCCUGAACACAGAGAAUGAGGAAGCUGACCGGUGAACCCCCAAAAAAAACACUCCCCAGUGUCAGUGUAUUCUCGUGACCUUCCUGCGAUGUUCUUUCAACCUGAUGACAUCGCAGUGAUGUCAUGCGAACAAGCGUCUUAUGAGACCUGGAGCGUCAGAUGCACGGAGGCCCACAUCACUGUUCUGUGUGUCUGUCUCUCUCCUUUUUCUGCACUGCCAUUCCCAACCUGCACAAUGUACACUUAGCACAGAGGCCCCUGCUGCUUCCAGCAAACAACCUUAGAUUUAAAUUUUGAUUUCAAGACCUUUUCUCUGCUGUAAGUACUGGAUAAUUGUAAAAAAAAUAAUAAUAAUUGGCCUCUUCAAGCUUCUAAUAAUUUUUCUUCAUCGGCUUUUUUCCUUUUCCCAUGCCCCACUUUUAUCUCUCCCACUGCUUUCGCACAAAAUGGACUCUGCUUUUAUAGUUCUUGUCCAUUACAACAGGACACAACAAUAUAGCCUCUAAAAUUCCUUCAUAAGCUGUUUAUGUGAGAUAUAGGCAGAUGUCUCAUUGUUAUUCUUGAGUAAGAGUACAACAUGUGAAACUUGAGCACUUUGGCCGAGGCUGUUUUCUGCACCGAUUGUUGUGAACCGGGUGUAGUUUGGGUCCCCCAGAUUCUGGCCAUCAGCUUUUUGACACUGUUCCACGCACUGGUCAGAAGUCCAGUUCGCAGACCAGGAGCUCCUCUAGGGGACACAGCCACAGCAAACCAUUCCUCUGGCUAAACAAUAACAGAGGUAUUGUUUUCAGCUCUACAAAAACUGAUGCGCUUUAUACUGAUGGGCAGCGUGGGCCAUUGGAGGAGGGGUGUUCCCCUUUACCGAUGAGUUCACCCCGAAUGACCCUGAGCACACGGGGGGCACAACUGAGAGCACAUUUUACACCCCUCUCCCAAUCACUCCCUGUCCAAGGGCAACUGAUGGAAUAAGCUGUCUUUGGCAGAGUUAUUAUUUCAAAUUUUUAUUUUUAAAAUGAAACAAGAAAUAUAUAUAUAUAUUAUAUCUAUAUAUGUAUACACAUAUUUUUCAUGACGUCUAUGGUUAAUUUGAAGGUUUCUACAUGAAUGUGUGGGUGUUCAAGCUCAUGGCAUCAAAAGAGAAAUAAAUUUGUAUAUAGACUGAAUCGUUCUAGAGAGGGAAUCUACAGUUUGAUGUCCAGAUUUUUUUUUUAAACAAACCGAAAGGAAAAAAAGUCUCAAAUAAUGCAUGUAUAUUCCAAGCAAUUGCACGGUGCAGUCAAAAAAAAAGUCUACAGUAUGUUUUUUUAAAUAAAUGUAAGUUCAAAAAGAUCAAAUACUGUAGAGAGAAAUAAUCUUUUUUAAUUAUACCAUGUGUUUGUGGAUCAGGCAUGAUGAGUUUUAUUGUGGUCUGUAAUAUUAAGAAAAAGAGUGGUGGAUUCAAUAAAGAUGAGACCAAGAAGGUUUGAGACCUUUACCAUCAACCAACCGACUGUGUUUUUCUGAGUGAUGCUUCCAUUUGUAGACUAGUGAUUUUAUGAACAACAAAAAAUACAAAAAUAAAACUAUGAAAACUAACUAACUAAUCAGUGUGGAUGCCAUGAUAUUCUGUGAGAAAUGUGCUUCUUUUGUGAGAAAACUGAAGACAGAGACUGUGUCUUUUGUACAUAAUUGCUGUGUUUGUGUGACUAAUUGCGGCUCUCUUGUACAGUCAAGUCAUGGGUUCUUAAUUGUGAACAAGCACAGUGUUCAUUUGUCCAUUUCACUGCUGUGCAGACAGAUGCACGGCUCGUCCAAUCACAGUGAUGUAUCUUGGUACAUUCCAUAUCAGCACCAUGUUGCUGAAACCAUUCAUCCAGAAAUCAUAAGGGAAACUAACAAUUUCCCAUUUAGCCAUUUUCACUUCAAAGAUGACUGUAAAGACCUUAAUAAAAAUAUAUCUGUAAA